AUGGACCUGGUUGCACACGUCUCCAGUGGGAAGGUGGACGGGAUCGGGCACGCGCGCCCAAAGGGCGAGGUGGAGCUGGGGGGGGGGGCGGUGGGAACAGCAAGCCACGCCCACUCCUCCGUGCGGGCCACGCCCACUCCUCCGUAUUGGCCCCGCCCCCGCGGGGGCGUCCAGCGAUUGAGCGCCGCCGGCUGUGGAUACAUAGCAAAUAGCCUAGCAAUUAUGACCGAUGCCCUUCAUAUGUUGACCGAUCUGAGUGCCAUCAUACUCACGCUGCUUGCUUUGUGGUUGUCCUCGAAGUCACCAACCAGAAGAUUCACUUUUGGAUUUCAUCGCUUAGAGGUUUUGUCGGCCAUGAUUAGUGUGCUGUUGGUCUAUGUUCUUAUGGGAUUCCUUUUAUACGAAGCUGUGCAAAGAACUAUCCAUAUGAACUAUGAAAUAAACGGAGAUAUCAUGCUUAUCACUGCAGCUGUUGGAGUCGCAGUUAAUAUAAUAAUGGGGUUUCUGUUGAACCAAUCUGGUCACCAUCACUCCCAUUCCCAUUCCCUGCCUUCAAAUUCUCCUACCACAGGUUCUGGUGGACACAGCCAUGGGCAGGAUAGCUUGGCGGUGAGAGCUGCGUUUGUCCAUGCCCUGGGGGAUUUGGUACAGAGUGUUGGUGUGCUAAUAGCUGCCUACAUCAUACGAUUCAAGCCAGAAUACAAGAUUGCUGAUCCCAUCUGUACAUACAUAUUUUCAUUACUUGUGGCUUUUACAACAUUUCGCAUCAUCUGGGACACAGUAGUUAUAAUAUUGGAAGGUGUACCAAGCCAUUUGAAUGUAGAUUAUAUCAAAGAAGCCUUGAUGAAAAUAGAAGAUGUAUAUUCUGUGGAAGAUCUGAAUAUCUGGUCUCUCACUUCAGGAAAAUCUACUGCCAUAGUUCACAUGCAGCUAAUUCCUGGAAGUUCAUCUAAAUGGGAAGAAGUACAGUCCAAAGCAAAGCAUUUAUUAUUGAACACAUUUGGCAUGUAUAAAUGUACUAUCCAGCUUCAGAGUUACAGGCAAGAAGUGAACAGAACUUGUGCAAAUUGUCAGAAUUUCAGUCCCUGAUUUGUACGUGUUUUGGGGCCUACUGCCUUAUUUAUCCACAGUCAUUGACUUGAGAGCAAUAAAAGCAAACCCAAGUGAGAAAAUGGAAUCACUGACAGCUGUGUCCAUAGCGAGCACCAGUCUCAAAACAGUCACUCCAGCCUGCCUAUGUGAGACUCUGUUCAAUGUAAAAUGAGCCGUUACCAUGAUUGUUGGAUGAAGAAGUUUUCAAAAUACUGUUUACAGAAUGAGAUGUUACUCUACAGAUACCUCAUGGAAGACAAUCCAGUCCCGUACUUCAUCAAUCUGACAGAAUAUGUGUCUUCAGGAAGCAUCAGAAUUCAGUAUUUGCAUUUAAACACACUUUUUAAAGGCCAUUUUAUACCAAGCCAGUGCUAGCAAACUCAGUUGUAUUUUUUAAAUUAUGUAAUCUUGACAUUCAGCUUCUAGAAUUGCUGCCUCUUUUUACCAAAAUUAUUUCUCAACAGAUUUCAGAAAGUACUGGUAAUUAUUCAGAGAAGGGAAUAAGCGUGUAUUCCUAGGUGUCUCAGAACUGUUCAUUUCACAAAUAAGUUUUAAUGUUAUAGUUAUACUUAACAUUUUUUCCAGAUAUUGCUGAGUCUUGAAUCUCAAAGUUAAUGUUUUUAUUAUUUGUAAUCUUGUCACAACAAAAUCUUCACAAAUUAUGGUCAUUGUCAUUAAGUUAUUUAGAAAAUAUUUUAAUAUAAUUCUGAAUGACAGAAAUUAGGCUUAACCUCAAAUUACCAUAUGAUUAUUUAAAACAAUAAAGAAGAGAAGAUGGGAUUGGAGUCUCAAAUUUAUAUCUUCCUAAAAUCACUUUUAUUGUGAACUUUUCUUAAAAUCAGUAAGAGACUGCAAAAUGUAAGUUAUUAUCAUCUAUCCCUUUAAGAACUGCCAACAUUUUGUAUAGUUUGCUUGGUACUAUAUGAGCCUAUAUGAAAGUAACUUUAGAGGGCUACAUUUGAGUUUGUAAUGCUGCAUGCAGAUUGACCACUUCAGAGAGAAUGUCUGGUUUAUGAUAGAGGAUAGAAACCUCAAGAUACAAAUUUGAAGUUUUUCUCAGAGGGGUUGGAGGAGAUAUUAGUUUGAGAAAACAAAUGGAAACGGUUUUUGAGUGAGUGAGUGAGUGAGUGUGUGUGUGUGGAGAGAGGGUGGGGGAGAGGCAGAAAGGGCACGAGAGCACACUGGGAUGGGGAUUGAUGUCAAAUCUGUGUUGUAGAGACAGCAUAUUUCCAGACUGAAGACAACCUGAUUGGAAACUGUUUGGGUUAAGAGGUAGCGGUGAAUAUUCAUGUUUCAUUUAGCAACCAUUGUUUUUGAGUUAACUUUGUGCACACUAGAACUCCCUCUUCAAUAUGCACUCUUCAUAUGAUUCUUGGCUCCUCAAAGCAUCAGUGUAGAGUAACAAUGUACCAGACAAGUUGUGAAUUAAACUUCUAGGUAGGCCUGCCAGAUAACUUACAAAUGAGGAAUGGGAAACAGAAUCCAUCUUCUUAGCACAUACUUUAUAAGUAACCCAAAAUAAGGUAACCUGAAUUUGCCUAAAAGGUUGCUGGGAAAAGAUGGUAUCAGUAGCAGAGUUGAUGGUAUCUAGGAAACUCAGUACAAGAUUCAAGAACUGAUAGAUUCUUUGGCCUCUUGUACUUCUCCCACAGAGAAGGAUAUUAACCUAGCAUCUACAGCCAAGGACUGCAUAGCUUCUGACAGCUUUGCUCUGUCCUUCCUGUGAUGAGCUGCAAGCACAUGGUGGUUACACCGCUCAGCUGAGCCCUGGAAGCUUGUCUCUUACCCUGUGAACACGGGCUGAGUUGGACAAACACAGCAUUACUAAUUUUGCACUUGGAAAAACACAUCACAGCAUUUCUUCAAUACAGUGUUUUCUAAGUAAUAUUUGUAUCCAUUAAUCUGAGUUAUUUCAUACUUUAAUGUUUCACAGCACUGCCUGGUUACAGAUACUUUUUGUUGAUCUUGCUUCCUUUACAAAUGUAAUGGGAAUGCGGUUCAAUAGGAUAAAUUUCUGAGAGAUUGAUGUGCAGUACUGGAAGCUAUUGUAAUACCUACAUUUCCUUUAGCUAUGCUUCAUGUACUGUGAGACUGUACUUUUACAACUAUAGUCUCC